AUGAACCCGCAUGUUCCUUUACAAUCAGAAGAAUUCACAACAACUCGCAUCAUUCGCAUCCGUCGCGAUUGGAUGGUCAAGGGAGAUCUCGCCCCGACGUUUUCGAAUCUAUACCCCGAGAUUCUAGAUCCUAUAUUACCCGAACAAGAGUUUCGCCGUAUAAUCGCCAAGGUUAAUGGAGAAUUAGUGAAAGCAUUUGAUCCAUUUUCUCUACGCAACUGGUUCGAUUCUGCGAUGGGCUUACUCACUGGGUGGAUAUGGGAUGGGCUCGGGUUUGCCGGAAUCAAGAAUCAUCUACGCCAUAUAGAGGAUUGGUUGGAAAAGUGGAAUCGCGAAGUCGGGUCGAAAGAUGGAGUGCGAAUCUGGAGUCUCCGCCGCACGGCUUAUAUAACAUUAGAUAUUCAGAUUCCCGACCCGAAGGUUGGUCUUGUCAAUCCUGAAGAUGCCUCCAUACCCGGAACGAGACCGCAUACUGGGUUUGAUGCCCAGACUCCUACGGGACCGACUCCAUCCCAUCUGCGGUAA